AUUUUAUAUAAAAUUAUGUUUGACUAAUUACACUAUCAGAUAUAUUUGCCAACUCAGUAUUAGUAACAGAGGCCUUCAUUGUACCAAAUCUCCGUUUUUUAGGCAAUAGACUAUCAUCAUGCACUUAUCUUUUCCUUCUUCUAGGCUAUAAAUAUAAAUAAAUAAGGUUUGUACACUUAUCGCAUCUUGACUUGAUCAGUAUAGAGAAGUAGGUCAGCCAAAACCGAUCAUACAGGUUGGUUCAUGGAUGCACACGAUCAUCUCGCGGUUGUGGAUGGAAGCAAGAUGACAUGGAACGUAAGGGUCCGUGUUACAAGAAUAUGGCCUUCGACAAUACCAAAUGGUGUCAUAGUCAGAUGGAACUUGCUCCUGUUAGAUUCAGAGAACACUCACGUGCAUGCAUCCACUACCCCUGAAAUAUGGAUUCAAUUCCAGAAUUUAAUCAAUGAAGGAGUUGUGUGCAUGGUUAGGAAUUUCAGUGUCAUACCUGCCAAUGGCAUUUUCCGACCUGUGCUUCACCCACGCCAAAUAGCAUUUACAGAGGCGACCCGAAUCAAUGUUAUUCCGGAAGAGGAAUUUACAAUUCAAAUGCACAGGUUUGAAAUUAUUCCACUGGAAGACUUGCAGGAACAUGUUGUUGAAGGAAAUCCAAAUUGGCUAAAUGAAUUCUCCAUAGAUGUAAUGGGAAUGGUGGAAGAUCUUGAACCAAUCCAGGAAUCCCAGACAAACCAUGGUCCAGUAGAAAUUAUAAAAUUCACAAUAUAUGAUGGAAGUGUUAGACACAAAGUGCAUAUAUCGGGACCCUUCAACCCUGACGCGUUAUCGUUGUAUGACGAUCAAUUUGCAAAUCCCAAGAUUGUCAUAAUGGCAAGCACAAGAAUUUCUGAGUUUAGAGGGACUAUUAAGAUAACUAAUCUUUCGUCCACCAAGAUUUAUGUGAACCUUGAAUGCCCGGAAGUGACAACGUUCAGACACUGGUUGAUCAAUGAUGGCUUCAUGGAGUUUUGGCCUAUCAUUUGAUCUGAAGAACUAGAUGCUAAGUACGACAUGGGAGCUAAUAAGAACUGGGUUGCUGUGAGGCAGAUUUGUGCCGCAUCAUUCCUUGAUUCAGAUUAUUGUUUUGGGUUUCAUCCUAGGAUUUUCUUUCUGUUAAAAAUGAAUUCUAUUCAUCCAGUUAGGCUUUGAUUUCAUAAGUUUCUUUUUAUCAGAUGACCUCAUUUGCUUUAUUAUUUCAUUAGACUAUGUCUGCUUUAUAAUUUUCAAAGAGCAUGAUUGCAUUUUUUAUUUGAGAUAUAUAGUCUGAAGGAUUUUUUAUAAAGCAAGAUGAUUUUGACAAUGUGAGUUGAAUUUCACUUAGAUUUUAUUCAUGUUUCUGGGGUAUAAUCAUGUACAUAUGUAUAUCUAAAAGUGGUACAUAUGUAUAUGAAGAAUGGAGAAUCAUUUUCAGCACUUGAAAUAGUUUCUGGAGACUCAAAAAUUUUCAGCACUUGAAAUAGUUUGGGAUCAGCGUGGAAGAAGAAAGUGCUCAGACCAUUGCCACAGUUCAAGAUGCAGCAGAUUUGAUUGAGAAGCUUUACAAGAAAAAAUAGUAAAGACGUUUAGAAUAAUUGUUUGUUCAUAGCUGUUAAGAACUGGAGCCACGUCUUUGUGUUUGUCAAGAAAAUUAUCAGAGAGGCUAUUUGAUAUGUAUUGCUCUGCUGUGUUCACGUAAGAGAAUAUUUUUGUCAAAAAGCAAUUUAGUAUCAGGCAAAUAUAUUGCCUUAUACUCCGUCUUACCCAUGGACUCUACUGAUGUUUUAUCGUGGUCGUCAUUUGUUGAUUUAAUUAUUUUUCGUAUUAGUAUAAAUUCCCAUAUGCUUCCAGUUUUACAAAAUAAAUCCAUAAUACAGCAAUUUUAUGAAUUAUUAAUUAUUUUAAAGGGAGCUCGCGAAGCGCGGGCAUAAUUCCCUAGUAUUCUUAAUGCAUGCUAGUGAAGGCCCCAAAAAUACUCCAAAUUUUACCCAUAUUUUUUGCCUGCUCCACCGACCCACCGACCCGUAAAUCCGUUAACCCAUCUGCCCAUCUCAGUUUUUUUCUCCCGGAUAAUUGAUCGUGCUUCCGUUACCUUAUCUCUCACGUCCUAAUUCAAAAUUUUGAAUUCCAGAUCUUGCAAAACCAUCUUCAAGCUUUAUGAUCAGCAAUCAUUCGCCAGGCAUGUGUGUUUCAAAGCAGGCAUAGUUUAUACCUGAUUCCUUAUCCACUAUUCGAAUUUCUCCAGUGUUCUCAUGUCUUCAAUCUCCUCUGCCUGUCCCCUGCUAAGAAUUGAACACACGUGUUUUCUGAAUUGCUCCGUGCUCCAUCUGCCUACACUCACGCGGGCUGUUACAUUCUCUCCCCCCAUUUAUUAUUCCAAAAUCACUUUCGAUCUCCAGGAUAUCAGAGAUCAAGUACCGGGGAAGACAGGCUGCACUGGAUCAGUUAUGGUUGUGUUCGUUUCUGCAUAGCCAACGACGGACAAGCCACCCUCUCCACCACGUAUUCCUCCCCCGUCGACAACCACAUAUUUCAUGUCUCUGUGGUCCAAGUCAUGUUGUUAAAGAAAAUAACACGAUCCCCGUUGAAGGUGUAAUCAUCCCUGUCACCAGCCAAUCGGCAUUUGAAAGCACAUGGAGUUGAACCGAUACACAUCCUGAUGGAUCAUACAUAUACAAGAUUAUUGACGAGCCUCUUCAAUUGAUGUCAGUGGAAGCGGCAUUUUUGUAUCCGGGAUCACAUAGAUUGAUCCCGCAACGACCACUGGCCAAGCUACAAUGGACAUGAUAGGAAACUCCAAAAGAAGACGUGGUCCAAAUGUCAAUAUAACAUAGUUGUUCCUUUGCUAGACGGGUUUUGAACCAGGUUUACAUCCAUUUGGCUCCUGGGUUACUGAAUCUGAACUGCACGUAUAAGCAUUAAUUCACGGAUUUUUUGUACGGACACUGCAGGUGGAGAUCAAUCUAAACUACAAUCCACUCACCCACGAUUUCUGUUGAUUUCAUUACCAAGAAAUUUGAGAAAGGCUAGGGACUCUGGAGAGCUUGAAGAUAUUGUUAUAAAAGUUGAGCUUGCAUGGUCAUUUUACUGGAUAGAUAAAAAAGAUCCCCCAUAUGACUUGAUUUUUUGAGGAUAGUGAAUUACAAAUCCAGCUAUGAAGAGUCGGAAACAUGGACCAAAAAUCGAAAAGUUGUAUGGUCGCUCUCCUUUCACUCCCAUUGAUGUAAAUAACAUGACUCACCUGUGCCGAAAAUCACCACCAGGCGCAUCUAAUUGCAACAUGUCAGCAAAAUCUAAUAUCACAUUCCAACUCCCUCCCACGCAAGUUCACAAAAGGAAUAACAGUCAAGCAAAUGAUCUACGUUCAGAGAUGUGCUAUAUAAUGGAAGACUUUCAUAAUGCAGAUAAUGAGUGUAAUAAUAAGACGUCCAAAAGCCAAGCACCGACUUCUUCUCUGUGUUGCAAGAACAGAAAUGUUAAGCUUCCAAAAGAACCUCAGCCACCUGAACCACUAGCGUCUUUGUUGACAGGUGGUUUUAAGUCCAAGCAUUGGGUGGUACAUCCGAUGUUAUAGAUCCUGACAUUGUACGAUCUCUGUUGGCUAUGUUGGACCAAAAUAAUAAAUUGGUUGAAUCAUUUCGUAUGCAAGAGAUUGUAUCCAGAGUAAUGAACUUGAUGAGUCUAAGUUGGUUUUGAUAUCUUCUUAGCCGUCGAGUGGUCGAAAAAACCAUGUUACUCAAUCGGAUGAAGUGGCUGCUUUUAUUGUUUCUGAUGAUGCUAAUACUACUGGCAUUAGAGAUACAAUUUUUCACUCCAAAUUAAAUGGUCUGGAAAGGAUAUAUGAAACUGAUCCUUAUUUCAUGCGGUUGCAAUACCCUUUGUUAUUUCCCUUUGGGAAUGAAGGAUUUCACCUGCAUAUUCCUCUUCAGAAUCUGAAGAAACCAAAGAAGGGAGCUGAACAUGAUGAUGUUGAUGCUUGCGAGCCUAACCACAGGGAGACAGUCUCUCAUAAAGAGUACUAUUCCUACAAGAUCAUGAUUCUUGCCUCAGAAGGUAAAUAACAAAAAAUAAAUCUAAAAAGUUCAAUAUAAAUUAAUUUUUAUAUAUCUGCAGAGGCCUCCAAAAUAAUUUUUUCACCGACUAAAGUUGAAUGCUUGAAUGGAGUUCAUAUUAAAAUGGUAGCAUUGGGCUGUGAUCACUCAGUUGCUGUUACAGGUUUGCUAUCCUUUUUCAUCUAUUUGCCCUACUAUUAUAUACGAGCACAUUUAACCCAUGUUCAGCAUGGGCAGAGUAUGGCUUUAUCUAAAUGCUGUAUGCACUAAUCUGAAGUUUGUAUUAUUAUUUUUACCUGCAUCAUAGGUGUAAAACAUUUUUCUAUAAUGUGAGAACAAAAGAGACAGUUUCUAUUAGUCUAGCAGAUUAAAAUUUGUGCAACUUGCAGUUUGUCACCUCUUAAUUAAUAUUACCCCCCCCCCCCCCCCACAACACACACACACACACACACACACACACAAAAAAAAACACUUCUGACCAGAUAACUCAGAAACUGUACACAUUGAGCACUGUCUUCUGAAGUGCAAAAAGCAAAUGGAAAUAAUUUAAACAAACAUGUAGCUAAGGUAAUCACAUAAUUACUCACCUUCUUGAUUAUAAUCAUCAAUCAUUAUGUAGUAGGAGAUAUUAUUCUUUCAGUUCUUUAUUAAGCUUUUCAGAGGUCAGUCGAUCUCUAUUCAGUACAUAGCUUUUUCAUUAUUGUUCGUGGCAUAUUCUAGGAGUUUCACAUCAGAAGCUAUUACUGUAUCAGCAUCCCUGCUGAGUAGGUGACCAUCGAUGAGUUAACACCUGCUCAUAUUAUGAAGUAAUUAAUUAUUGAAAAAUAUGUUCAAAUUCGUUGAGAGUGCAAUUUAGUCAAUUGAAUAUUUAGUGGAUUUCUAUCGAACUGAACAACCUGGCAUUAUUGCAAUCUUGGGAGGAUAAGGUUCCUGGUGAGUGGUGUCCUGCUUUCUACAUUGGGGUUGUGUAAUAAAAUCCAGUAAAUUACUGUAGUUUGAUGCAGUUCUCUCGAAUAUUUUUUAGGGAACAAACACUGCACACACACACCUGUUUAAAAGCUUUGAAUCACUUUGUCAGGUAAGUUUAAGCAAAUAAUAUGCCAGACAGGUGCUUUCUUCAUUAUUUUAUACAUGGUUAACUACGACGGACUGAACUGUCAGAGCUUUGUAUUUUUUGCUAAUAAUACUGGCUUGCUCCGUAAAUACAAGUUUCUUUGACUAAUCCCACCAAGUUGAUCAUCUGUAAGAUGCAUAUAGAUUAUAUUAUAAAAUUGGUAACUAAUAAGUAUCAGAUAUUGAAGGUCGUUAUUACUGCGAUCCCGAGAUUGUCAAGUGUCUACUUGCUAUUUGAAGAUACACAGAUUCGUACCAUAUCUUCUUAGUCGUCGAGUGGUCGAAAAAAUCAUGUUACUCAAUCGUCGGAAGUAGCUGCUUUUAUUGUUUAUGAUGAUGCUGAUACUACUGGCAUUAGAGAUACAAUUAUUCAAUCCAAAAUAAAUGGUCUGCAAAGGAUAUUUGAAACUGAUCCUUAUUUCAUGCAGUUGCAAUACCCUUUUAAAUUUCCCCUUGGGAAUGUAGGAUUCCAUCUGCAUAUUCCUCUUCAGAGUCCGAAGAAACCAAAGAAGGGAGCUGAGCAUGAUGAUGUUGAUGCUUGCGAGCCUAAACACAGGGAGACAGUCUCUCAUAAAGAGUACUAUUCCUACAAAAUCAUGAUUCGUGCCUCGGAAGUCUUACCCUUCACCUUGCUGCACGUUUGGGUGGAUGCUUUCACCGCAAUGGAGCAGUAUAGAUUGGAUUGGGUAUCUAGGCAUCUAAAUACUAUACGUGCUGAUCUUUACCAUUCUGUUCGCGUUGCCUUGCGGAAGGGUGAUCAUGAUCCAACUCAUGUUGGCAAAGCUGUAAUUCUUCCUGCAUCAUUUAUUGGAUCUCAACGUUAUAUGCAACAAUAUUACAAUACUUUAAGGAUUCACUUGCAAUUGCAAUAUGUCAGGGCAAUAGGUCAUAUCAUGACAUGUAACACUAAAUGGCCAAAGAUCAACAGGAUGCUGAGUAUGUUACAUAUUUCUGAUGUGUUUGACAAGAACUCGAUAUAAUUAUUCUUUCCAAUAUAUCUAUAUGUGAUAUGAUUUGUUGUGUUUA